GACCGUGGACAUCUGCCCGCUCGCCACCGAGGACCUCCCCGACGGUGCGGGAAGGAUGCCACGCAAGCCCAACCCCGCCACGGAAGAGGAGCUGAAGGGCCCAAAGGUCUACCGAGAUUCGUCUUUCCGAUCGAGGACAUUUCUUCCCAUCCUGGUCGAGAAGCCCUGGGAUGCAGGGAUGCUGAGGACCACCGACGAGCUGGUCGAGGGCAUGCCGCUCUUCGGGGUCAUCCAGAAGCGCCAGGUCCGCGCCAUCUGGGACUGGAGGCGGGCCAACCUUCGCUGGCAGACGCCCAUGCACGGGCCCCUGGGCAGCCCCGCGACCCUGACCAACCUGGACCUCUCCAAUCUCGGCGAGGCGGACGUGGUGGUCUACACAGGGGUGGGCGAUAUCCUCGACAGGUUCGACCGCUUCGAGACGCCGCCCGAUGUCUGGCUCUACUUUGUCUUGGAGGGGCUGCCCCUCCACGAGUUCUUCGACUACAUGAGGACCACAAGGCAGGGCUACGUCAUCCCCUGUGGCGGGCCCCUCUUGGCGGUGAAGGUCUUGGUCAAGGGCCGACCGUGGCCCCUGCCUCUGGCCUACUCCAGGCCGAAGGCUCUCACGGCGCGCAGGCUCUGGGCGGGCACCGGGGAUGCGCGCCUGGUCUACGGGGCUCCGACGCGCCAGUUGAUCGGGCCCGUCGAUUUCGAGUCAGGGGGCUGGGCGUACAUGGACGACUACGCGGUCGUGGCCUCGUACGCCAGCGGGCGGCAGCCAGUGAGCGAGGUCAUGAGGCGAGGGGAUCGAGUCGUGGGGUGCGGUCAUUCGAUGCCGACCUUACACUGUCUCGGCCAAAAUCGAUCGCACUUGUGGCCUGACUCUGGCGGCGCUGGGGCUGGCGGUGCGGACAUGCUGGACCCCGGAGCCACCGGGAAGCUGUGGGCGUGGGCGGCCAUCUCUCAGCGCAUGGGCCUCGCCAUCCGCGGCCGUAUCUACCGCGAGAUGAGGCGCCCAGAGACCGCCAGGACGCCGUUCUGCCUACCAGACGCGGCGAGGUGGGGGCUGACGACGAUGGCCUGCUGCGCCACGCUCAGGCACACGGACCUCGAGGCGCCCUGGCUCUCGCAGGUGUCUAUGACGGGUAUGACGGACUCCAAGGACAAUGGCCACGGGGUUGCAGUCACCGAGGCCUCGCUGGAGGAGAUCAGGACGGCCACGGGCUACACCGAGAUCAGAGGGUUGACGAUCGCCACCGACCUCUGGGUCCCCCACGUUUGGGGGCGUACCUACGACGUGGACGAGCUCGCCGAUGCAUCGGCUACACCUCCGCCGCGGGUCAGUCGGAGGGUCGACCAGGCGCUCUACCUCUUCGCGGGCAGGCGCCGAGAGGGGGAUCUGGAGGAGGCCAUCUACGCGCGUGCGGAGUGCGACGGCUACGACAUCCAGAUCUGGUCCAUCGGCUCGGUGAUCGAGCCGAAGCACGACCGCCCCAACGACGAGCUGGUCAGCGCGAUUCUGGGUCAGACGCGCGACGGGCACUUCCACGCAGUGAUUGCCCCGCCGCCAUGUCCUACCUGGAGUCGAGCGUGCUUCCUGAAAGAGAGGCCCAGGCCCCCGCGGACGCGCCUCGAGCCUUGGGGGCGGAGCGACAUACUACUCACCACCUUCGAGCACCUCCGCCUGGACCUUGGGUCGCGCCUCAUGCUCACGGCCAUGCAGGCGGUCCGCGAGGUCUGCCGAACUGGUGGCCUGUGCUUGACGGAUCACCCCGCGGACCCAGAGGAGGACCUGUACACGGCUAUCGGGAACCCCCCCGAGAAGGCCUGCCUCGGCGAGGAGGCGGGCGGCCAGCUCCCUCAGAUCGACCAGGGCCGCUACGGAGCUUCGCCGAUGGAGUCGACCAUGAAGGGCAUCUUCGGGGUCUACGACGACGCACUGGACCUCGCCGUGGGCCGUCUCCGCCCGAGAGGCAACCGCCGAGGGAGGCAUCCAGCGAUACUCGAGGGGGGAGUGGAGCGGGGCCGCCCCGACAUCUGCACCGCCGCCGCCCAGGCUUUCCAGCCCCCGCGGUGCGCCGCGCGAGGGAGGGCGAUCCUCGAGGCGUUGGCCCGCAUGACGAAGGAGAUAAAGGGCCCCGAUCCAGCAUGCUCGUGGGCCUCUCCAGCUACGACGCCAUUCGGGCCGCCGAGGCCGGGAGGGGCGGAGAUCGAGAUCUUCCCCGCUGUCCCAUGCUUGGAUGCCACCUGCGAGAUGGCGGCCACUCUACGUCGGAAGGGGGAGGAGCACGGAGCACACGAACACCAGCGAGAUGCGGACCGUGGUGGGCGUGCUCCGACACCUGGCCAGAUCGCCGCGGAGGCGGACGCUGAAG